UGGGCGUUCUUAAAAACUUAUUACAAUAAACAUGUUCAGUCCAGCUCGGAGAAAAAGAUCUGUCGUGUCAAGGAGACUUGGCAAAAAGCUCUUGGUCAUUACACUCCGGAGAUGUGGGCAAAUAGUGUUCGCCACUGUGAAGAACUAAUUAAAAAAGAUUGGACAACAUUAAUGGGAAAUUCAUUAAUAACUGAUUUACCUCCUGUCAUCAUCCAACUAGCGGAAGACUCAGAUUCUUCCAGUAAUUCUGAUUUUUAAACAAUAUUCAAAUUUUAAUUAUAGCACUUAAUUAUGUUAUCUUAAUAUAUUGCUCACGAGUUUUAAUUUCAAAACGUAGAUAUUAGCCAAGUGACGAGAGAUUAGUGGCUUCGUCUUUAAAGUGACAACUUCGUUUAGAAUAUACACAACCUUACUUAUUAUUUAGUGGAAAAUAUUAUAAAGCGUGGUCAUAGAACAUGGUAUCUAGGGUGGUACAGACCGUUUUCUUAUAAAAAUUUGGCAAUGACAAUUGAUUUAAAUAAAAAACAAAUUAUAUUCGAAUUACAUUAAAUGACAACAUUGAAUUUACAAAAACAAUUUUGAAGUAAAUUUGUCACUGACGGAUAUUAUCGAUCAUAAAUGUCAAGAAGAAACAUUCAAAAAGAAAAAGAAACUUUGAUUCUACUAUAAUAUGUAAACAGUAGAUCCAAUAUCUAAUGAAUAUAAGUUAUGUCUUCUUCCUUAUGACUCUGGUAUUAUUACCACCAAUUUUUCCAUGCGUUUUCGAUUCCGACGAAAAAGAUGAAAGCUUCAAAAUUAAACGUGCUGGAAAAGGGAAGAAGUUCGAUAAACGAAAUAGGAUGGAAAAACGAAAUAGAAUGGACGAUCAAAAGUUUUUUGAAGGUAUAAGUGAAAUUACUCCUUCGCCGCCGCAUUCUACAGCAACUCGACCGGAUUUUUUUCUCAAACAUCGCCAUUCGAAACAGGACAGCCUUAAAGAAAUCAAAACAUUACUAUCGAAAUUGUUAGAUAAAAUCGACGAAAUUGAAAUGGAAGAAAAAGUUGACUCGUUUAAAAAAAAAUUGAAAGCAAGCGAAUCGUAUCUAGAAGAUUACCCAGAAAAUAAAAUUACAAAUAAUUACCCCCUACAUAAAUUUUCCGAACAGACUUCAAUGCCGAGUUUAACUCCAAAACUCAGUUUGAUCCAAAGAAUCGAGAGGAGAAGGAGGAAGAAGGAACGAAAAGAUGGAAAACGACAGAGAUGGGGAAAAUGGACAAAUUGGUCACCUUGUAGCGUGUCUUGCGGUAAGGGACGGGAAAUUCGAUGGAGACACUGUUUGGAGAAUUGUGAUAUAGCUGAAACUGAAAUGGAAGAAAAAACUUGUCAACUACCAGCUUGUGGACCAUCGAAACUUUUUGGUGUCAUAAAAUUAUAACUUCUAAUUUAAAAAUAUAUCUUGUAAUUUUAAGUUAGAAAUAAACUAUUUAUUUUUGAGGC